GUGUGGAAGUAUGGCGGCCCAGGCGACCCCGCUCCGCGCUCCGCACAACUUCGCUGCUCGCGCUUCCCGGGGGGAGCGAUGAGCGGGCCCGCGGACCGAGGGCACGGCAACCGACAGCGCUGCGCCUGCGAGCAGAGGAGCCGACCCGCGGCGGGAGCCGCCGCCCCGCAGCCGGAGCACUUCCCUCGACUCGCCCCGAUCGAAGCGCCUCCAGCCCGGGUUCCGCCGGGGAAGAAGCUCCGCGGGACACGGAAGUUUGGAGCUCGCUGCAGUCCGAGCCCGCACUAAACCGAACGAACGAGGAGAAAGCUCUGGAUAUUCCGCUCCAGAGGCCGCAUGCUUUCCUGAGACUUCCAGCUGGACUUGGCGAAGUUUCGUCCGCGGCGUCACGGCCAACUGUUGCCCGCUCGGAGCGCCUCUCGGGCCGGCUCGACCCUCCAGCAGCAGCCGCUGGUUCGCUUUCAUGGCUGCCUGCGACUCCGGCCUGAGGCCGCCUAUCCCCGGGAGUCUCUUCCUCCGUGCUCUGAAGCGCUCGGGCCUUAUUGAUGCAUGAUAACCAGAGACCUGCUGGAGAACCUCAGAUCUGCGUCGGUGCUCUGCUUCGGCCCCGCGUCGGGAGAGGAGCCCGUGAGUCCGGGCCCCGGGCCCCCGCCCGGCCCCCGUGUGGCACGGCGAGCCGCGGAGUCCAGCUCGGGGAGGCCCGGCUGCGGCUGGCACCCCGGCCUUAUGGGGCAGCAGCCGGGGAAGUUUGUCGGGGACCAGAGGAGACCCAGUCUGCCGGCCUUCAUCAAAGGGGGGAAGAGGGGGGAGUCGCGCCAUGGCAGCCAACCCUGCAACAUAUUUGUCGUGCACGAAGCUCUCCAGAGACCUGACUUGGAGGGUCAGGGUCUGACCGAAGCCGCCCGCUGGAACUCCAAGGAGAACCUGCUGGCCGGGCCCAGCGAGAAUGACCCCAACCUGUUCGUGGCGCUGUACGACUUCGUGGCCAGCGGCGACAACACGCUGAGCAUCACCAAAGGGGAGAAGCUGCGAGUGCUGGGCUACAACCACAAUGGCGAGUGGUGCGAGGCGCAGACCAAGAACGGCCAGGGCUGGGUGCCGUCCAACUACAUCACCCCCGUCAACAGCCUGGAGAAGCACAGCUGGUACCACGGGCCCGUGUCGCGCAACGCCGCCGAGUACCUGCUCAGCUCGGGCAUCAACGGCAGCUUCCUGGUGCGGGAGAGCGAGAGCAGCCCGGGGCAGAGGUCCAUCUCCCUGCGCUACGAGGGGCGGGUGUACCACUACCGCAUCAACACGGCGUCCGACGCCAAGCUCUACGUGUCGUCGGAAAGCCGCUUCAACACGCUGGCCGAGCUGGUGCACCACCACUCCACGGUGGCCGACGGCCUCAUCACCACGCUGCACUACCCGGCGCCCAAGCGCAACAAGCCCACCAUCUACGGCGUCUCGCCCAACUACGACAAGUGGGAGAUGGAGCGCACCGACAUCACCAUGAAGCACAAGCUGGGCGGCGGCCAGUACGGCGAGGUGUACGAGGGCGUCUGGAAGAAGUACAACCUCACCGUGGCCGUCAAGACCCUGAAGGAGGACACCAUGGAGGUGGAGGAGUUCCUCAAGGAGGCCGCCGUCAUGAAGGAGAUCAAACACCCCAACCUGGUGCAGCUGCUGGGUGUGUGCACCCGGGAGCCCCCCUUCUACAUCAUCACGGAGUUCAUGACCCACGGGAACCUCCUGGACUACCUGAGGGACUGCAACCGGGAGGAGGUGAACGCCGUGGUGCUGCUGUAUAUGGCCACGCAGAUCUCCUCCGCCAUGGAGUACCUGGAGAAGAAGAACUUCAUCCACAGGGACCUGGCUGCUCGGAACUGUCUGGUGGGGGAGAACCACCUGGUGAAGGUGGCGGACUUCGGCCUGAGCCGGCUGAUGACCGGAGACACGUACACGGCGCACGCCGGGGCCAAGUUCCCCAUCAAGUGGACGGCUCCAGAGAGUCUGGCCUACAACAAGUUCUCCAUCAAGUCUGACGUGUGGGCGUUCGGCGUGCUGCUGUGGGAGAUCGCCACCUACGGGAUGUCUCCGUACCCCGGCAUCGACCUGUCUCAGGUGUACGAGCUGCUGGAGAAGGACUACCGCAUGGACCGGCCGGAGGGCUGCCCCGAGAAGGUGUACGAGCUGAUGACGGCCUGCUGGAGGUGGAACCCUCUGGAACGUCCGUCGUUUGCUGAGACGCACCAAGCCUUCGAGACCAUGUUCCAGGAGUCCAGCAUCUCUGACGAGGUGGAGAAGGAGUUGGGGAAGAAGGAGAAGAAGGCGAUAUUGGGCCCCAUUCAGCAGGCGCCCGAGCUGCCCACCAAGACCAGAACCCUCCGCAAGAACAUGGACAAUCGAGACGGGGACAGUCCAGACCUGGACCCGGAGGCGGCGGUGUCCUCCCCCAUGCUGCCCAGGAAGGAGCGCCCCCUCCUGGACGGCAACCUGAACGAGGACGACCGCCUGCUGCCCAAAGACAAGGACAAGACGCGCGGCAGCAGCUUCCUCAGCCUCAUCAAGAAGAAGAAGAAGAACGCCCCCGCCCCCCCAAAGCGCAGCUCGUCCUUCAGGGACAUGGACGUCCACCACGACAGGCGGGGCCUGACCCCCGACCCCCGGGACGGUGAUGCCUUCAACAACGGAGCGUCUCUGGCCCCCAAUGAUGCCCCGCACGGACUCGACCCCCCCUCCAAGUUCAUGGGCCCCAACAAUAACGGCGCCGGAGGGAUCGCCAACGGGGCCCCCAGCUACCCCGGACCUUUAUAUCCCCGAAAGAAGGGCGCGCCCGCCGUGCCCGGCCCCGGAGGAAAGGCCGCCACGACCCCGCCCAGUGAGGAGGAAACCCCCAUUUCCAACUCCAAGAGGUUCCUGUGGUCGUCCAGCCUGGCGACGGGCGGCGGCGCCGACGGCAACGAGUGGAAGUCCGUGACGCUGCCGCGGGACCUGGGCCAGCGCCACUUCGACUCGGGGACCUUCGGAGGGAAGCCGGCUCUGCCCCGCAAGAGGACCGGCGAGCAGAAGGGGGACGGCGCCCCCCGGAUGGGCACCCUCACCCCCCCGCCGCGCCUCAACGCCGCCGCCGACGUUCCCGCCGCCUUCCUGGGCAAAGACUGUGACCCCAGCCCGCAGGCCCUGACCCCGAAGGCGGUGAAGAGACCCGGCCUGGGCCUGGAGAACUCCAGGACCAGCGCCCUCCACGCCGAGCUGCUCAAGUCCAACGUGUUCCCGGCGCUGGGGGCGGCGGGGGAGGAGUGCCGCGCCCGCCGCAACAAGACCUCGCUGGACUCCUCGUCCUCGUCCGUCAGGGAGAGAGGGAAGCUACAGAAACCCAAACCCGCCCCGCCCCCGCCCCCCACCAACACCAAAACCGGCAAGGCGUCCCGCAGCCCCACGCAAGACCCGCCCCCGCCUUCCUCCGCUGCCCCGGACGUCAAAGCCAAGUGCCUCCCCGCCGUCUCGGACGCCAGCGACCCGGCCCGCGACGGCCCCAAGAAGCCGCCCGCCGCCAAACCUCAACCGCUCAAGACCUCCGCCUCCUCCACUUCAGUGACCAGCUCCGCCUCCAGCCACAGCCUGGGAGGCCCCUCCUCCUCGCCGUCCUCCCCCGGCGAUCCCGCCUCUCCCACCGCCUUCACGCCGCUGGCGAGAACCCGCUGCUCCCUCCGCAAGACGGCGCCGCGCCAGUCCUCCGAGCGCACGCCCAACUCGGCCGUGACGCGCGAGAUGGUGCUGGAGGGCACGGAGCUGCUGCGCGCCGCCAUCUGCCGCAACUCAGAGCAGACGGGCAGCCACGGCGCCGUGCUGGAGGCCGGCAAGAACCUGUCCAAGUACUGCAUGAGCUUCGUGGACUCCAUCCAGCAGAUGAGGAACAAGUUCGCCUUCCGGGAGGCCAUCAACAAGCUGGAGAGCAGCCUGCGCGAGCUGCAGAUCUGCCCCGCCGCCACCGGGGGCGCCAGCGCGCAGCAGGACUUCAGCAAGCUGCUGUCCUCCGUCAAGGAGAUCAGCGACAUCGUUCAGAGGUAGCGCC